CUGGUCUAUACGCUGGAUUACAUCUCGCGGACAUCUUGUGAGGAGAGUGACUACGUGACAUGUUGUUGAGAGCCAGGUCAAUACUACUACGAAGGAACACAAGAUGGACCAUCGGCCACCCACCCGCACUCAGCCGGCUGCAUCAGCCAACAAACUUCCAACCAUCCACUCGAAUCCGGUCAUGAAGCGCUCCUUUUCGUCUACCGCGACCGUAGAUCCCGAUCGGCCUGCGUCGGCAUCCACUGAUCAAGCAAAAGAGUGGAACAAGCAAGCCCUCAGCUACAAUCUCCAGAUGAAAACUGCCCUGACCGAGCUCCUCAAUGACGCGCGAGCAAAGGGAAGUGGCCAGGGGAGCCGCUGUCUCCAGAAUAUCCUGAUGGAUACGGAGCGGCAGAUGAGGGACAACAGGAGGAAGUCGCUCAACACACGAGGUGAGAAGUGAGGGGUUACGACACUAUCCGCGAAAUGCCUUUUCAUAUUCUCUGUCUAAGGAUCAGGGUGUUGAGGGUUACCG